AUGUUCAGAAGUGCUGGUGUGCGUUUUUUCCUGGCUCUGGCUAGGAAGUUCGCCCAAUCUCCCCAAGGUGCUGCUCCUAAAGCGGGUGCUUUUAGAAAGACUUUGCGUGCUGCCGUCGGUGUUCUGGUUCUUUCCACUGCUGCUGCCGUCGGUUACUUGGGCUACAAGGUCUACAAAGAGUCGUACCCUGCAGACCAAUCCAAGCAGGUUUCCACUUUCGAGGAUGGCCGUAAGAAGAAGACAUUGGUGAUUUUGGGUUCCGGAUGGGGCUCCAUCUCGCUUUUGAAGAACUUGGACACCUCGUUGUACAACGUGGUGGUGGUUUCUCCAAGAAACUACUUCCUUUUCACCCCCUUGUUGCCCUCCUGUCCUACCGGUACCGUCGAGUUGAGAUCCAUUAUCGAGCCCGUCAGAGCCAUCACUAGAAAAUGUUCCGCCGAGGUCAUCUACUUGGAGGCCGAGGCCACUGAGAUCGACCCAAUCAACAACAAAUUGACCAUCAAGCAGUCUACCACUGUCCACUCCGGCCACUCUGGUACUGACACCGGUUCCUCCAAGCCUACUGUGUCCGAAGACAUUAGCACUUCUUUGCAGUACGAUUACUUGGUGGUGGGUGUCGGCGCUCAGCCAUCCACUUUCGGAAUUCCAGGUGUCGCUGAACACUCCACUUUCUUGAAGGAGGUCAGUGACUCCAUCAAGAUUCGUAGACGUCUCAUGGAGGUCAUCGAGGCCGCCAACAUCCUUCCUAAGGGUGACCCUGAGAGAAAGAGAUUGUUGUCCAUUGUCGUUUGUGGUGGUGGCCCAACUGGUGUUGAGGUUGCCGGUGAGUUGCAGGACUACAUUGACCAGGAUCUCCGCAAAUGGAUGCCUGAGGUUGCUUCUGAGUUGAAGGUCACCCUUGUGGAGGCUUUGCCUAACGUUUUGAACAUGUUUAACAAGAAAUUGGUCGACUACACCAAGCAGGUUUUCCAGGACACCAACAUCGACUUGAGAACCAACACCAUGGUCAAGAAGGUCGACGACCGCGCUGUUAUUGCUCAGACCAAGGCUCAAGACGGUUCUUCUACCACUGUUGAGAUUCCAUACGGUAUGUUGAUUUGGGCCACCGGUAACGCUCCUAGACCAAUUGUGAGAGACUUGUCCUCCAAGAUUGAUGAGCAGAAGAACGCUAGAAGAGGUUUGUUGGUCGACGACAAGUUGUUGGUCGACGGUUCUAACAACAUCUUUGCCUUGGGUGACUGUACCUUCACCAAGUUUGCCCCUACUGCUCAAGUUGCUUUCCAAGAGGGUAUCUUUUUGGCUCAACACUUGAAGAGAUUGGACGACAUUGAGUCUUUGAAGCAAAAGAUCUCCGCUCCUGGUCCUCAAGACAACGUAGACAGAAUGAGCAAGAAAUUGGUCAAGUUGGAGUCUUCCUUGGAGCCAUUCAAGUACAACCAUCAAGGUUCUUUGGCCUACAUUGGUUCGGAGAGAGCCGUCGCUGACUUGGUAUGGGGCGACUGGUCCAACGUUUCCACCGGUGGUACUUUCACCUACUUGUUCUGGAGAUCUGCCUACAUUUACAUGUGUCUUUCCGUCAAAAACCAGAUCUUGGUUUGUCUUGACUGGGCAAAGAUUGCCAUGUUUGGUAGAGACAUCUCGAAGGAGUAA